CGGUGUCUCCGCCCGAAGAAGAAGCCGGGCUUCGCCGGGGGCCGGCGGUGCGCUCUCCCGCCGCGGGGCCGCACAAUGGCAGGCGCUCAGUAGGAUGGAUCCUGCCGUGGCUUUUGUUCUGCGGAUCCACCCAUCCUCCUAGCAGUCAAGUGCCAGGCUAUGGUUUUCUCCUCGGGGAUCUCUCCGCCGCGUUUUGCCGGCGUCUCCGGUGAGGGUUUGGCCUCGGCUGGGAUUUCGCUACCUUACUUUUCGUUUGGCUUCGCGCUGAAAAAGGGGAUUUUUCUUAUUUUUAUUAUUUAUUUUUUUUCCCUCUCCCUCUCUCUCUUUCCACGCUUUUGGUUAUAAUCCAAUGUUGAUCUAGGGGGAAUAACCGUUCAGCCUGGCUGAAAAAAGCAUCCAUUGAAAAGUCUCAAAGAAAUAUACCACGUGAGGAAAAAAAAAACUGGGAGAAGAUCGGAAUAUAAUCAUUUUUUCUAUGAUAAAACUGGUGCCCCUCUUCAGGAGAACUGGUCUCAAUUUAUUAUUAUGCAACCACAAGGAUCUCUUCUUUCUCAGGGUGUAUAAGCUGCUGGAUUGCUUUUCGCCCAAAUCAAUGUGGUUUCUUUGGAACAUUUUCAGCAAAGGAUCGCAUAUGCUGCAGUGUCUUUGUGGCAAGAGUCUUAAGAAAAACAAGAACCAAACUGAUCCCCAGCUCAAGGGUAUAGUGACCAGGUUAUAUUGCAGGCAAGGCUACUACUUGCAAAUGCACCCCGAUGGAAGUCUCGAUGGAACCAAGGAUGACAGCAGUAAUUCUACAUUAUUCAACCUUAUACCAGUGGGACUUCGAGUUGUUGCUAUCCAGGGUGUAAAAACCGGGUUGUAUAUAGCCCUAAAUGGUGAAGGUUUCCUCUACACAUCAGAACUUUUUACACCGGAGUGCAAAUUCAAGGAGUCUGUUUUUGAAAAUUAUUAUGUAAUCUACUCGUCCAUGCUCUACAGACAACAGGAGUCCGGAAGGGCCUGGUUCUUGGGGCUGAACAAGGAGGGGCAGGUCAUGAAAGGAAACAGAGUAAAGAAAACAAAACCAGCAGCUCAUUUUCUACCCAAGCCAUUGGAAGUUGCCAUGUAUCGAGAACCAUCUUUGCAUGAUAUUGGAGAAACAGUGCCAAAGGCUGGGGUAACUCCAAGUAAAAGCACAAGUGCAUCUGCAAUAAUGAAUGGCGGCAAACCAGUUAACAAGAGUAAGACGACAUAGCCAGAUCCUCACAGGUGUUGUGACUGACUGAGUCCCGAGUGCAGUUGAGCAAUUUAUCCUUGCCGGACUUCCCCUCUGCAGUGUCUGUGGAUCAGCUCACAGCAAGUACUUGCGCGUUGCUGUUUCUGAACUGAGUUGUCGCAAGCGGAUAAAUCUCAACAUGUAGCUCCCCCCACAACAAGAAGACACCUGGACGAACCAGCUAAACUCAGACCAUGGAAUGCCCUACCAGAUAUUGGAAUGCCUUUUUAAUAUCUUUUCUGUGACUGUGACACUUCAUGUGAAUGACAUACUUCACAAGUACACUUGAUACCUUGCCUGCUGACAAUUACCCAUAAUCCCUUUUUGAGUCCAGUUUCAGCAAAAUCCAUGUGUUUAAGUUCUAUUUUGUAGCACACAAAUAAUCAAGUAAUUUCUAGGUAGAUGCUGUAAACCUGUGCUAUUAUGGAUUUCUCUUCUUCCCUUUUUUAUAAGGCUGCUCGCUCCACUGUCUGUGACCUUUUGCAGGGAUUGUGUUUCUCUAUAACUUAAGUGUUGCCGGUGGCUUAGUUUUGAAAGCAAUCAGGGAAUCAGGAAGCCUUCAAAAAUCUAUUAUUACAAAUUAUAUCUAUAAAGAAUAGGAUCGUUGUCUCUGGCUUACAAUGUUGAUCAAUGUGAAUACUCUUUAGUAACAGAUACCGUGCUUCUGAGGUUGGCAUUAUAGUGGAGGGAAGAGUGUCAAACACAACCAACAAGAAGUUUUCUGAAACGCGUGUUUGGCAUCCCCCUAUAGUUUCUUUGUGUGUGUGUGUUUUAUACAUAUCACAGGCUUACUGGUAAUGGUAACAUUUGCCUUGCCCAGCGAGCAAGACCCACUCGUUUUUGGGAAAGUGGGUCCAAAGAAUUUUGUAGGCCUUGUAGGCCUGAAUUAAGGCUCAUUUUUCAUCUACUAAAUCUUCAUUGUUUAAAAAACAACCACCACCAAUAAACAAAAGAAGUUAAGAUUAACCAGAAUUGCGCUACCUAAAUCCAUUUCAAAUAUAAUCCUUUCCUGUUUUUAAGGAACAGAACUUAAUGCCAUUGUUAUUUUUGGCUGAUUUCCACACCUACUUAGCAAAGCAUGGGCAAGGAUGUUGUUGUGUUCUUUUUUGCAGCACCAAUGCAAAGGGUAGUUAAAAAUUAUAGUUUAAUAUUUCUGGUGUUUUAAAAUAAAAGGUUUUAAAACUGGACAUAUUACUAAACUUUAUUUUUAUUUUUAGCUAAGCAUGCAAAGUCCAGUCCUAUGUAUCUCACUGAUAUUCCAGUACGUACCUCUACCCAGCUUCCUAGGAUAAUAUGCCCACCAAAUUGCUAGAUUGAAGGUGCCUUGCCUUGAUCUCUGUCUACUGUACUUUCUCCUACAUGAACCUAGAAGAAAUCAAAAACAUUACAAAAUUGAAGCCUUGGAUCGUAUUAUGAGAAACACUAUCAUCACUUUGAGUUUGUCACUUCUGAACAAUGAAACCGAUGUUAGGGGGAAAAAAGAUUUAAA